CCCGGAGGGAGGCGGCGGCACCGCCGGGUGUGAAGGGACGGAGGGCGGAAACUACAAUACGAACAGGCAGACACAAAUAGAUUAAAAAGCGAGGAAAGGGUGGAAGGAGAGCUCUUCCAACUUCUUCUCUCUCUGCCCGGCGAGGUGUUUUGGGGAGUUUUAAGCAACUUUGCAACAAGGUUUCACAAACUCUUGGCUGUAUCCUUUAAUCAUGACUGCAUUUCAAACAGGCUGAGAGGAGUCUGAGAAGAUCAUGGGGAAUUCAUAUGCAGGGCAACUAAAAUCUGCCCGUUUUGAAGAAGCUCUUCAUAAUUCUAUAGAAGCCUCUCUGAGAUGUAGCAGUGUUGUCCCACGGCCGAUCUUCUCGCAGCUGUACCUGGAUCCUGACCAGCCCCCUUUCUUGCCGGAAGAUGUGAAGCCAAAGGUAGAAGAGCUGGAUAAGGAGUUAGUACAUCGCUAUUCACAAAAUGGAAACCUGGACUUUUCUACCAACCAAACUGUUAAUGACAUGGAAGAUGAAGAGGAAGAUGAAGACAUGUCGGAUUCAAGUAGCCCACCGAUUCCAUAUUCACAAAAACCUGCCCCAGAAGGGUCUUGCACUACUGAUGGUUUUUGUCAAGCAGGCAAGGAUUUACGGUUAGUAUCUCUGUGCAUGGAGCAAAUUGAUAUCCCAGCAGGCUUCCUGUUAGUAGGAGCCAAAUCUCCCAACCUUCCUGAGCACAUUCUAGUCUGCGCUGUUGACAGGCGGUUUUUGCCAGAUGAUCAAGGAAAAAAUGCACUUUUAGGAUUUUCUGGGAAUUGUAUAGGCUGUGGAGAAAGAGGAUUUCGGUACUUCACAGAGUUUUCCAAUCAUAUCAACCUAAAAUUAACCACUCAGCCAAAGAAGCAGAAGCACUUAAAGUACUACCUAGUAAGAAGCUCCCAAGGUGUACUGUCAAAGGGACCCCUUAUUUGCUGGAAAGAAUGUAGAAGCAGGCAAUCAUCUGCUGCUAGCCUCUCUGCUAAACCAAAUUCUUCGGUGUCACCGUCCACGACCCCAGAGGGUGGAUCAGCUAAUGGAUACAAAUCAGGGUUCACUCAGACAGAUUCUUCAGUAUUCAGUCCAGCAAAAUCAUCUUCUGCUGUUAAUUUAAGUGGAACUCAAGACCCAUCCCGGAGCAAGAACAUUGUGAAACCUCUGGCUCUGUCAGUACAGCUCGUAGGAAAGACAUUUGCUGCAGCUCCUCUUUCACUGCGUGCCACUGAUGUUGCUAAUGGAAACACUAAUGGAGGAAGAAAUAAUGUAUUGAGUUCUACAGUGUCUCGGCCAGUGCCUCACUCGACAUCUCCAAGCCCUGGCUGUGCAGCUGGAGACCAAGCAUCCAUGUCCAGUUCUGGACCACCAAAGAAACGUCACCGGGGAUGGUCUCCUGGGUCUCCAGUCCCUCCUCCUGGUUUAGCGGUACCUGUUCCUACAAUUCGGCCUUCAGCAAGAACAGAGCCUCUUUUGUCAGUCCCAGUUCCUCAAUCCAUGUUAACUGGAAUUUUACAGCCUCAACCCAUCCCAGCAGGGGAGACUGUAAUAGUUCCUGAAAACCUGCUGAAUAACUCGGGAGUCCGACCUGUGAUUCUGAUAGGUUAUGGCACUUUACCUUAUUUCUAUGGAAAUGUCGGUGAUAUUGUUGUAAGUCCCUUGCUGGUGAAUUGCUACAAGAUUCCACAGCUGGAAAAUAAAGAUUUGGAUCUCUUGGGUUUGACCAGCAGUCAGCUGCUAAGUGUGGAGAAUAUGAUACUUUUAACUAUUCAGUAUCUCGUGCAACUAGGUCCUGACCAGAUACCCCUGAGGGAAGAAUUUGAACAGAUCAUGUUGAAAGCUAUGCAGGAGUUCACUCUGAGAGAGAGAUCCUUGCAAAUGAGCACACAGUGUAUCUCUGUGUCACCAGGUCAACUCCCUUGGCUUGCUAGGUUAAUCGCCAGUGUGUCCCGGGACCUGGUGCAUGUGGUUGUUACCCAGAACUCGCUGGCAGAGGGCAUCUCAGAGACCUUGAGGUCUCUCAAUGAAAUGAAACAUCAGCAAAAGCUACCAGAUUAUGUUGUUGCCAUUUGUGCGUCAAAGAUAAGAGGAAAUGAAUUCUGUGUAGUAGUCCUAGGUCAGUAUCAAUCUAGGGCACUUGCAGAAAGCAUGCUUACCACCAGUGAAUUUUUAAAGGAGAUCAGUUACGAGCUCAUCACAGGGAAAGUUAGUUUCCUGGCAUCACAUUUCAAAAAUACAUCUUUAGGUGAUGAUUUGGACAAAUUGCUGGAGAAGAUGCUACAGCAAAGAGGGGAAAGUGUCAUUAUUCCUUUUAAUGGAGAUGUUAGUGAGUGUGUGUCAUCUCAGGAGGCAAUUGCCAUGGUUUCUACGCAAGAACCAGAUUUGGAUGUUGAUACCUUCCAAAUUUACCAGCCACAGCUUACAGUUGCCAGAAAGCUCUUGUCCCAGGUUUGUGCUAUAGCAGACAGUGGCAAUCAGAGCCUGGACCUGGGCCACUUCAGCAAAGUAGACUUCAUCGUUAUAGUUCCCCGCUCGGAAGUCCUUGUGCAGCAGACUCUUCAACGGAUUCGACAAUCAGGUGUCCUGGUUGACUUGGGCCUAGAAGACAAUGGGACAGCAUAUCAGAGGGCUGAGAAAUAUGUGGUUCGGCUGGACAAUGAGAUUCAAACAAAAUUUGAAGUUUUCAUGAGACGAGUGAAGCAGAAUCCCUACACACUGUUUGUGCUAGUUCAUGACAAUGCCCACAUGGAUUUAACAAGUGCCAUUUCAAGUUCCCUGUCACAUGGUGAGCCUAGUCAUGGUCUGGCUGAUAGAGUUAUUAAUUGCAGGGAGGUCCUUGAAGCAUUCAACCUCCUUGUUCUUCAGGUCAGCUCUUUUCCUUACGCCUUGCAAACACAGCAGUCCAGGAUCAGCUCCAGCAAUGAGGUACAUUGGAUACAAUUUGACACUGUGGAUGAUGCAGCAAGUGAAGACAAGCUGUACUUUGGUUUGAAUGAAUACAGCAAAUCCCUCCAGUGGGGGGUCACAAGUCCCCUUUUGCGAUGUGAUGAAACCUUUGAAAAAAUGGUCAACACGCUUUUAGAAAGGUACCCCCGGCUGCACAGCAUGGUGAUUCGCUGCUACCUUCUCAUUCAGCAGUAUUCCCAAGCUCUGAUGGCUCUCACAACCAUGGCCUCACUGAGGGAUCACAGCACCCCCGAAACGCUCAGCAUAAUGGACGACCUUAUCACUUCUCCAGGGAAGGACAAGAACGGCUGCGGCCACAUGCUGGUCAUUAGGGUGCCAUCUGUGCAGCUGGCCAUGCUGGCCAAGGAGAGGUUGCAAGAAGUAAGAGACAAGUUAGGUCUGCAGUAUCGUUUUGAGAUCCUCCUUGGGAAUCCUGCCUCAGAGCUUACUGUGGCGAAACACUUUGUGACACGGUUGAAGGCUUGGCGGGGAAAUGAGCAGGAUGACUGGAUCCCUCGCACCUAUCAGGAUUUGGAAGGUCUGCCUUGCAUCGUUAUUCUAACUGGCAAGGACCCUCUAGGAGAGACCUUCCCCAGGUCGUUGAAAUACUGCGACCUUCGGCUUAUUGACUCGAGCUACUUAACUCGGACGGCAUUAGAGCAAGAAGUAGGCCUGGCAUGCUGCUAUGUCUCAAAGGAGGCAAUUCGGGGGCCUAUUGUAGCUCUUGACCUUAGUGAGAAGGAGCAUGAGAAGGCUAAUGGUAGCGAGAAUGACUCUGAUGAGCUGUUGAUAGACUUGGACCGACCCCAGAGUAAUAGCAGCGCCGUCACUGGAACCUCAGGCUCCCUGGCUGACAAUGGUGUGAGCUCCUCGAGUGCUGCAGACAAGUCUCGGAAGCAAGCACCGUCGCUUAACUUCCAAACUGUGGCGCACAGCUCCGUGGAUGAGGGAACCUACCCCACUUUCACAGCCGGAGAGACCUUGAAACAAGAAUGUGACUCCCUGGGUAACCAGAUGGCAAGCAGCACCACUUCCAAACUAUCAUCACUGUCUUCGGUCUCCCAGACGUUUCGCUGGCCUGCCCAUUCAGCCAAAGACAGCAAGGCCCUCCGUGCUGCCCUGCCACGCAUCGUCAUCCUCUCAAAAGCUGCCUACUGUCUCCUGAGCUCACAGAAGAGUGGGAAUUUGCCUUCCUCCUCUUCCCUCCUGCCUCAUGCUGAUGUGUCUUGGGUGAGCUCUCUGAGACCUCUGCUUCACAAGGACAUGAACAGUGAGGAGCAGUCUCUCUACUACAGGCAGUGGACGACAGCCCGACAGCACCAUGCGGACUUCAGCAAUCAGGGUGAGGCAUCUGCCUCGAGGACUUUUCACCCCAGGCGGCUGCUUUUGACAGGACCACCUCAAGUGGGGAAGACUGGUUCAUAUUUGCAGUUCCUAAGGAUCCUCUUCCGCAUGCUGAUCCGGUUGCUGGAAGUAGAUGUGUAUGAUGAAGAAGAGAUUAAUGCCAGUCAUACAGAAAACAGUGAAAUUACUCAGUCUAGCAAUGACCACUGGCCAGAUAUUGAGAUCUUCAGCAAAAUGCCUUUUGACCUGAAUGUACAUGACCCCAAGUAUAGAACUAUAAGCCCUGUAUACACAGAACAACUGUCAAGAGUGAAACAAGAAACAAGCAAAGAAACAAAAUCAGAGGAACCUAAGAAAAGGGAGACUGUGUCCAUGAUGUUGACUAAGUAUGCAGCUUACAAUACCUUCCAUCACUGUGAGCAGUGCCAUCAGUAUAUGGACAUUAAUCCUGCUGCACAGAUAUCUGACUCCACUCUGCAUGCAUUCACGUUUUCAUCCUCGAUGCUAGGAGAAGAGGUUCAGCUGCAUUUUAUAAUUCCCAAGUCCAAAGAGAACCACUUUGUCUUCAGCAAGCAGGGAAAACAUCUGGAAAGCAUGCGUCUCCCACUCGUUUCAGACAAGAAUUUGAAUGCAGUCAAGAGUCCUAUCUUCACUCCAUCGAGUGGACGUCAUGAACAUGGCCUCUUGAACCUCUACCAUGCCAUGGAAGGCAUCAGCCACCUUCACCUCCUGGUGGUCAAGGAAUAUGAAAUGCCACUCUACCGCAAAUACUGGCCCAACCACAUCAUGCUUGUCCUGCCUGGCAUGUUCAACAAUGCUGGCGUUGGUGCUGCCAGAUUUCUUAUUAAGGAACUUUCCUACCACAAUCUAGAACUGGAACGAAACCGCUUGGAGGAGCUGGGAAUCAAGCGCCAGUGCGUGUGGCCGUUCAUCGUGGUCAUGGAUGACUCCUGUGUCUUGUGGAACAUGCACAGUGCCCACGAGCAGUCGAGCCAGUCCCUGGAGCCUGGGGGUUCCAGCAAGAAUGUGUCUCUGAAGAGUGUCCUCCAACACAUUGAAGCCACCCCCAAGAUUGUUCAUUAUGCAAUACUGGGCGUUCAGAAAUGGAACAGCAAGCUGAGUGCCAGGAAAGCAAAGGCUCCGUUCUCCAGGUGCCACGUGCGAGAUUUUAUACUGCUCAACAUAGACCUGACCCAGAAUGUGCAAUAUGAUCUAAACAGGUAUUUCUGUGAAGACGUCGACUUUAAUCUGCGGACAAACAGCAGCGGCCUGCUCAUCUGCCGCUUCAACAACUUCAGUGUCAUGAAGAAGCAUAUUCAGGUUGGAGGACAAAAGGACUUUGUUGUUAAGCCAAAGAUCAUGGUUUCAGACAGCCUGGCACCAAUAAUGCCUCUUCAGUACAUCUGUGCCCCUGACAGCGAGCAUACAUUGUUGGCAGCCCCAUCUCAGUUCCUCCUGGAGAAAUUCCUUCAACAUGCGACGUACAAGCUCUUCCCGAAGGCCGUUCAUAACUUCAAGAACCCAGUGUUGGCCAUUGACUGCUACCUGAACAUCGGGCUCGAGGUGGCGAUCUGCUACGUUAGCUCCCGCCCGCACUCGGUCAACGUCAACUGCGAAGGGGUGUUCUUCAGUGGGCUCCUGCUCUAUCUCUGCGACUCCUUCGUUGGCGCAGACCUCCUCAAGCGCUUCAGGUUUCUGAAAGGUGCCACCCUGUGUGUCAUAUGUCAAGACAGAAGCUCGUUACGGCAGACGAUAGUCCGGUUGGAGCUGGAGGAUGAGUGGCAGUUCCGGCUUCGGGAUGAGUUUCAAACUGCUAACAGCAGUGAUGACAAACCGCUCUAUUUUCUCACUGGACGCCACAUAUAAGCUUUGCUAAGACACCGCUAACAAAGAAAGGAAAAAAAAAAAAGACCCUUUUUUUUUUUUUAAAAAAAAAAAAAAGUACAAUCACUGUGGAGCAAAGUGCAACCGAUAUUUAUCUAGACUGCUCUAGAGAAUUCCUCACAAUUCCAAAGUAGGCUUUAUUCCUAGGGAUGAAAUUGCCACAUCAGUUACGAUUGAAAGCAACCUUGGAUUCCAGUUAUUUUCACAUCAGUCUCACAGCCGCCGACACCGAUCACACAGACAACCAAGCUGUAGAAUCUAGGAAGAGGACAUGAUUUGGCUGAAGAAGAGUUCUUCUUAUAUUCAGCUGAGCUCGGGGAAGGAGCUGCUCCCAGCAGCUGCUAGUUUGAAUGUGUUAUGUGAAAUGCAACCCAGCAUGUGGAAUUUAUUGAGGAUGUGUGGAGGAGAGCCCACUGUGUCUCUUCAGCUCUGUACUGUGGUACAGGAAUACUCAGGGGUUUGAAACUACAAUAUAACUUAGAUAUUUGUAUUAAAAGGAAUAGUCUUGUUCUCUGUGCAGUGUUAGUUUAAAAUUCUUAAUUGUGUUAUGUAUUGAAACUGUCUUUAGCAAAAUUUCCACAGGUGUUCAAAGUUUACUACUUAAACCUGAACAAAUCAGCAGAGGCAUGGCAGGCACUGUGCGCACAGGUUCUCCCGGCAGCCUUAUUUCCCCCCCUAGACACCUCCUGACUCCAGGGACAAAGCAAAUGGUUUCUCCUGGAUGCUCUCUCUUCAGUUAGGGGCCAGAAUAACUUCCCAGCAAAACACCUGCAGUUCCUCACUCUCAUCUGAGUUUUCAAAACCUGCGGUCCAUCCUCCUUUGUGUACGGAAACAAGUCCCACCACACACCCGAUGCCUUUGCAGUGGGCCCUGUGCAACGUCCCCUCUGUGUCCUUUUCUGUCACCAUACCCCCCCUGUGGAGCAACAUGCCAGAAAAAGUGCAGGAGGGCAACGCUGCCCAAGCAGGAGCUGAGUGAAACAGAAGAGAUGUUACAAAUAGCUCUAGAGGGGGGGUAGCUGAGGAGAAGUCCCAGGGUGCUGGGACCACUAAGGAGAUGCUCUGUCCAGCAGCAAAGAGCUUUGAAGGCAUCACCAACCACUGUCAGCCCUUUAUUUUUUUUAUUAACGUUUGGGGUUGCACAUUGUUCUACUUAGGAGCAUGUUACUACUGAUCCUUGUUAAACUGUUGCAGAAUUAACUCAGUACAGGAGCUUUUGCUUGUCAGGGUUAAAUCACAGCUCACGUGGUGAGCGUGGGUCACCCCACUCAGGUUUCCAUAUAAAAAAAAAAAAAGUAAUAAUCUCCCCUCCAUGACCCCUUUAUUGAAAAGAAAAAUGCAGCAUGUUCUGAAAAACAAUUCAGGAAUAUCAACUUACUCCCCCCCAAAAAAAAGAAAUUAAAUUAGCACGUCUUUAUACUUGACCUGCAAGUCAUUAGAGAAGGACCUGCCAAAGCUGCAUUGUUGUUUGUUUUUUUUUUUAACACAUAGUGCUAAUUAAGCAACCUUUUUGUAUCUUGUGAGGAGAGAUGUUUACAGGUGAAAAAACCAUAAUAUAUUUGACAGAGGAAAGGAAAAUGGCUUGAUAUGGCUGUGUUAGCGUAGCUGAACUCUGCUGCUGUCAAGUUUCGCACAUUUCAGAUGAACAACCCAUUUCUGUAAAUGUGUUUUUUUGUUUUCCUUCAGACACAACCUGCCUUAUCUAUUUUGACGCUUGGAAGAAGUAGGGAUAUAAAAGAUGUUUCUGGAAGCUUUUGCUACACACCUGAAUGUGUCCCGGUAGUUCUGGUUUUGCCAGAAGGGCUUCAGGCCGAGGCCGAGUCCUAGUGUGGUGCAGAAGCUUCAGGUGUGACGUGUUCAAAACUGGUUUCCUUUUUUUGUUUGGGUGUUUGAUGUUUGCACUAAGUUCUGAAAAUUCCAGGUGCUGAGACUACGAUGAGGCAUUAGCCCUCUGGUGAAGCCCUGCAAAACUGUCCUGAAGGUCAAGAAUGCAGUCAGAAAGUCAACGUCUUGUCCCACCUUUCCAAACCAAGAGUAAACCCAUUUCCCUCACUCUCUCCCACGUGAGUAUGAGCCUGGCCAGAGCAUCCCACACCAGCUCAAGUGUGCAGGCCUGUCCCCCUGAACAUUUUUACUGGCUGCCUGUGCACCCCCUGGGAAGGAGAACGUUCUUUCCCAUCUAGAUGAUUCCUGUUACAUCUUGGUUCCCAGCCUCGCCCUCAAGGCCAUUCUUAUGAAUGUAUUCAGCCGGCCAGCGCUAUAUUUUACCUGUAGAUGUUCUUGUCUAUUCACAGGUUAAAUUUGAAUGUAAACUAAGAUUUAAAGAAUCAUAUGCAGAUGCUUUUUUUUUUUUGCUUAACUUAUGUAAUUGCUUUUUUGUGACUUUUGGAAGAGGGUUAAAAAAUGUUGCUAUCCUAGUGUAAAGUUUUCUUAACCAAAAACUUGGUGAAUUUAGCUUCACUAGUCGGUCUACCUCAUGUUAUUGUUUAUGAACUGAAACUGUCUGAAGUCGUGGCUAUGGUAUGUUUAUAAUGUGCUUUCAUUAAAUUUGAAUAUAUGAAGUUCCCAUUGCA